AUGUCUACCCGAUUUAGCUCAGCAUCCCAUCAGUUUUCCAGCUCCGGCGGUGGCUAUGGAGGUGGUUUUGGUGGUGGUAGCAGCAGCUAUGGAGGUGGUUUUGGUGGUGGUAGCAGCAGCUAUGGAGGUGGCUUUGCUGCAGGCAGUGGCUUUGGAGGUGGCUAUGGCGGAGGCUUUGGUGGUGGAUCCGGCGGUGGCUUUUCCUUCAGCUCUGGAGGAGGAGGAGGAGGAUCCAGCAGCCUGGGUAUGGCUGGUAGUGAGAAGCAGACCAUGCAAAAUCUCAAUGACCGCUUGGCUUCCUACCUAGAAAAAGUCAGGGCCCUGGAAGCAGCCAACGCUGAGUUGGAGCUCAAAAUCCGUGAGUGGUACGAGAAGCAAGUUGGUGUUGGUGUUGGCAGUGGAUCCAAAGACUACAGCAAAUACUAUGACAUCAUCAACGACUUGAGAGGCAAAAUCCUGGCUGCCACUAUUGACAACUCUCGCAUUGUCCUACAAAUUGACAACGCAAGACUGGCUGCUGAUGACUUCAGACUUAAGUAUGAGAAUGAACUGGCUCUCCGCCAGAGCGUUGAAGCUGACAUUAAUGGCCUCCGCAAAGUCCUGGAUGAGCUGACACUAUCCAGAGGAGACCUUGAACUCCAGAUUGAGAGCCUAUCUGAAGAGCUGGCCUACCUCAAGAAGAACCACGAGGAGGAGUUGCAAGUUGCAAGAAGCAGUGCUGCUGGCCAGGUCAACGUAGAGAUGGAUGCUGCUCCAGGUGUGGAUCUCACCAAGAUUCUGAAUGACAUGAGGGCUGACUAUGAAGUUCUGGCUGACAAGAACCGCAGAGAAGCUGAAGCAUUGUUUUCACAGAAGAGCGGUGAAUUGAAGAAGGAAAUUUCAGCUGGUGUGGAACAGGUGCAGACAAGCAAGAGUGAAAUCUCCGACCUCAGACGUACCCUCCAAGGCUUAGAGAUUGAGCUGCAGUCUCAGCUGGCAAUGAAAAAAAUCCCUUGAAGACACCCUUGCAGAAACAGAAGGCCGUUAUGGAUCACAGCUCCAGCAGCUCCAGCUUGUCAUCAGUGGAUUAGAAGAACAGCUCAUGCAGAUCAGAGCAGACAUGGAACGCCAGAACAUGGAGUACAAAGAGCUGCUCGACAUCAAGACCAGACUAGAGAUGGAAAUUGAAACAUACCGUCGCCUGCUGGAAGGAGAACUAGGAUCCAACAAAAACUAG